CCGAAAUUCGAACCAUUAAAUAAAAUAUAAGAAUGUGGAUUUUUUAUUUUAUUUUUCAUUAUUCAUCUAUCUCAUUUCCUUUUCAAAUUCCGAACUCUAAAUAAUUUUUCUAGUACAAUAAAUAAAAAAUAAUAAUUGACUACCCUCUACAAAGAAAAAAAAAAUCUUAAAAAAAUAAAAUAAAAUAAACAAUUAAGGAAAGAAAAUUGACUCAACAUCCAGACUUUUACGCCAAUUAAUACAGCGAUGGUCAUGAUUGCACGCUACUUUCAGUCGCGAGGACUAGAAAGUGAAAACAGUGAAAAUUGAUUGACAGCAAAAGAUUAGAUUAGCACACAGCGCAUACAACAACACACACAAAGCAUCACCUUCUCCCUCCAACACACCACUUCCAUGAAUAAACAAAACCCAGAACACCCAAAAACAGAUCAAACCCAUUAGCGAAGGAAAUAUAUAUAUAUAUAUAUAUAUACACACACACACACAUAAAGCAGCAAAAGUCAUUGCAUCCCACUUUCCGAAUAGAAAAAGGCCACAAUAUUCUUUCCUUUUCCUCAUCUGUUACUCCACCUUUCCUCCUUAUCUCCCGCGCUUGAUUCUUCUUUUUCUCUCUCUACUUUCUCUCUCUACUCCGCUCUCCCAUGGCAACUCUUGGGGAUAUUGGGGUCUCUGCAUUAAUCAACAUACUCGGUGCCUUUGCCUUCUUGCUAGCCUUCGCUCUUCUCAGGAUUCAACCCAUCAAUGACAGGGUCUACUUUACCAAAUGGUACAUCAGUGGUGGGAGGACUAGUCCCAGGCACACUGGGAACUUUGUGGGCAAGUUUGUGAAUCUCAAUAUCAAGACUUACUUUACCUUCCUCAAUUGGAUGCCUCAAGCUCUGAAGAUGAGUGAGUCUGAGAUUAUCAACCAUGCUGGCCUUGAUUCUGCUGUUUUCCUGAGAAUCUACAUUAUGGGCUUAAAAAUAUUUGGACCAAUCGCUAUUGUGGCACUCUUGGUUCUGAUUCCAGUUAAUGCAUCAGGUGGAACGUUAUUUUUUCUAAAAAAAGACUUGGUUGUCAGCAAUAUUGAUAAGCUUUCAAUAUCAAAUGUUGGUCCAAAAUCUAUUAGGUUUUUUGUCCACAUAUCAUUGGAAUAUUUGUUCACGUUUUGGACAUGCUUCAUGCUCUACAAGGAAUAUGAUAGAGUAGCAUCAAUGAGGUUAAAAUUCUUGGCUUCACAACACAGGCAUGCAGAACAAUUCACUGUAUUAGUUAGGAACGUACCGCGUGCUUCUGAUCGCUCAAUUUCAGAUAGUGUGGACAACUUCUUUACAACAAAUCACCCAGAUCACUAUCUUUGUCACCAGGCUGUUUACAACGCAAACAAAUUUGCCAAGCUUGUGAAAAAAAGAGAGAGGCUCCAAAAUUGGCUGGACUAUAACCAACUUAAGUCUGAAAGAAAUCCAGACAAAAGGCCAACCAAAAAGAAAGGAUUCCUUGGGCUUUGGGGUGAAAAAGUUGAUGCAAUUGAGUUCUAUAAACAACAGAUCAAGGAUCUUGAUAAAAGAUUAGCAACGGAGCGCCAGAGAAUUCUUAAGGACCCAAAAUCUAUUAUGCCAGCUGCUUUUGUAUCAUUUAAUUCACGUUGGGGGGCUGCUGUCUGUGCACAGACACAGCAAAGCAAGAAUCCCACACUGUGGUUAACAAAUUGGGCCCCUGAACCCCGUGAUGUAUACUGGAAGAAUCUUGCUAUACCCUUUGUAUCUCUAAGCAUCCGAAAACUUGUGAUAUCAUUAUCGGUGUUUGCUUUGGUGUUCUUUUACAUGAUACCCAUUGCUUUUGUGCAAUCACUUGCAAAUCUGGAAGGGCUCCAAAGAGUUGCUCCUUUCCUCAGGCCGGUGAUUGAAUUGAAAUUCAUCAAGUCAUUCCUACAGGGUUUCCUUCCUGGUCUAGCUCUCAAAAUAUUCUUGUACAUUCUUCCUGCAGUUUUGAUGAUUAUGUCAAAAAUUGAGGGGCACGUAGCAUUAUCUGUACUAGAACGGAGGUCAGCUGCAAAGUACUAUUACUUUAUGUUGGUGAAUGUGUUCUUGGGGAGCAUAGUGACUGGAACAGCUUUCCAGCAACUUCAUUCUUUCCUUCAUCAAUCGCCUACUGACAUUCCUAGAACUAUUGGAGUUUCAAUACCAAUGAAGGCUACUUUCUUUAUUACAUAUAUAAUGGUUGAUGGGUGGGCUGCCGUUGCUAGUGAGAUUCUACGUUUGAAGCCUUUGGUCAUUUUCCACCUUAAGAACAUAUUCCUGGUGAAAACUGAAAGGGACAGAGAGAAGGCAAUGGACCCUCACAGUGUGGAUCUUCCAGAGACUCUUCCAAGUCUUCAACUGUACUUCCUGCUGGGUAUUGUGUAUGCCGUGGUUACUCCGAUCCUUCUUCCUUUCAUACUAGUCUUCUUUGCCUUUGCAUUUUUUGUCUACCGUCAUCAGAUUAUUAAUGUGUAUCAUCAACAAUAUGAGAGUGCUGCUGCAUUCUGGCCACAUGUUCACAGCCGCAUAAUAGCGAGCUUGUUGAUUUCUCAACUUCUAUUGAUGGGUCUUCUCAGCACAAAAAAGGCUGCAAAUUCCACUCCUUUGCUAGUUGUCUUGCCCAUAUUGACGUUAUCUUUCCACAAGUACUGCAAGAACCGCUUUGAACCUGCAUUCAGAAAGUACCCCCUUGAGGAAGCCAUGGCAAAGGACACACAGGAACGCGCUGCUGAGCCUGCCCUCAACAUGAAAUCUUACUUGGCUGAUGCAUACUUGCACCCGAUAUUCCACUCAUUCGAAGAAGUUGAGUUAGUUGAGGUCCGAGUGGACAAGAACCAAACUCACAUCCCCAGUCCCUCGGCAAGUGAACCCUCUUCCCCCUCCCCACCUCAUUACGCCCACCACUACGAAGAAGAGCCGCCCCACAAUGUUUAUCACUAUGAAGUGGAACAAUCCCAUGAUGGAUAUCAUUAUGAAGUGGAACAAUCCCAUGAUGGGUAUCGUUACGAAGUUGAGUCACCCCAUAAUGCCUACCAUUACAAUUAUGAGUCACCCCCGAACGUCUACCAUUACUGAAGUGAGUCUUUUUUAUAGCUGAGAUUUGAGUUGCUUCUGCUACCUUGAAGCCCUAACCGUCGUUUUAGUUAUUAGACUGAACACUGUCUAACAAGGUAUUUCCUGUUUGGCUUGUAAAUUAUUGUUGAUCAAAUGUUAGUGCCAAAUAGUUUGAGCUUUUCUUGAAAACUAAAACACUGUCUAACAAGGUCUUUCUUGUUUGAAUUGUAGUUAUUGUUGAUCAAUGUUAGAGCAAAUUGUUUGAGCUUUUCUCGAAAACUUAAGUCUCUAUCAUGGUCUAUUUGGUUGUUAAAUUUUUCAGGAAAACAAUUUCUUUACA